AUGGCACUGCCUGUAUCUCAGAAUAUGCUGAAGAACAACUACAGGCAUAUGCUUAUCCAUAGUCCAGGGGCAGAAGAGUCAGAGAACCCACCUUCUGUAAAGGAGCUGCAGGCCAGAGAACACAGUGCACAUGAGAGGAACAGCUUUCCUUUUGGAUCAAACCACACCAAGGAUUAUGCAGCUUUUGGCAGGACUAUACUACACACAUGCUGCAAGCUCUUCUUCUUUCACCUUCUGGGUUCCACGGAAGGAUGCCUCUAUUCUGUCAUGGCUUAUGAUCGCUAUGUUGCCAUCUGUCAUCCACUGAGAUACAUGCUCAUCAUGAAACCUGGACUCUGUGUCGGCUUGGUCAUGGUAGCCUUGUUGGUGGGGUGUCUCCAUGCCACCACGCUGACCUCCUUUACCUUUCACUUAACCUACUGUGGCCCCAAAGAGGUGGACCACUUCUUCUGUGACAUCCCUGCCAUUUUACCCCUGGCUUGUACGGACAGCUCUCUGGCGAAGAGAGUGGGCUCCAUUAAUGUUGGUUUUCUGGCUUUAGUGCUUUUGUUCAGCGUUUGUGUCUCCUACGCUCACAUUGGGAUCGCCAUUCUGAGGAUCCGUUCAGCAGAGGGCAGGCGGAAGGCCUUCUCCACCUGCAGUGCCCACCUCACUGCCAUCCUCUGUGCCUACGGACCUGUCAUCAUCAUCUACCUGCAGCGCACACCCAACCCUCUGCUUGGGGCCGUGGUGCAAAUACUAAAUAACAUUGUCUCACCCAUGCUGAACUCGUUAAUCUAC